AUGCAACGUGCGAUGAUCAAGGAAAGCACCGACAACUCUAUCUCAUAUGAAGUCUUUGUGCAGUCAUGCCACACUACCGCCAACCGAUUGGAACAGAUCUCAGAGGGUGAAAAGCGUGUUCGUCCUCGCGGUAACCAGGGCAAUAACAAUCAUGGCAACAAAGGGAUUACCGAAUCCAAGCCUAAAGACGAGACACCACGCAGCAACCUUUCCUUCACCAAACGGAAGCAGUUGAUAGCAGAGAAAAAAUGCUUCAACUGCAAGCUGCCAGGUCACCGAGCUGACAAGUGCCCACUCCAGAAAAAGACCCCAGAUCUUAAAGCAAUGGAGAAAGCCCCGGCCAAAACUCAGGAUGACCAGGAGGAAACCGAUUCGGAAAACGAGGACGCCUAA